UUCAAAUCGAAGCUACCAGAAACCUUUACGAGCUCACGGGGAAGAUGGCGGAUUCUACAAGCAAAAGCGACGAUGAAAGUGUCGCCAGUAUACAGGUCAACGUAAAAACCCCAACAGGGAAAGAGACGAUUGAUGUUGCAGAAAACGCUACGAUCAAAGAGUUCCGUGAGCUGGUUGCAGAAAAAUUUAAUGCAGAGGUGGGGCAAGUGUGCCUCAUUUUUGCAGGCAAGAUUCUGAAAGAUCCUGACAACCUCAAAUCAAUAAAUAUUAAAGAUGGUGUUACUGUUCACCUUGUUGUCAAAUCCAAGAGCAAGGCACAAGAACCCACAAGUCAGGGUACCACCACACCUAAUAGCCAGACCUCAACAACAGCAUCCGAAAGACAAACUGGUACCUCUACACUGCCUGGCUUAGGAGGCUUGGGUGGUUUAGGGGGAUUGGGUAUUGAUUUUGGAAAUCCAGUUCAAAAUCAAAUGGCUGAACAGAUGGCACAACAAAUGGCUCAGAAUCCCGAUCUUCUUAGACAGACGAUGGAAAAUCCAUAUGUACGGAAUUUGAUGUCAAACCCAGAGCUAAUGCGGCAACUUAUGACGAGUAAUCCACAGCUCAGGCAGAUGAUGGAGAGAAAUCCAGAAAUUUCGCACUUGUUAAACAACCCGGAAUUGCUAAGACAGACAUUCGAAAUGGCAAGCAAUCCAUCAAUGAUGCAAGAAAUGAUGCGAAAUCAAGAUAGAGCUCUCAGCAACCUCGAGAGUAUUCCUGGUGGAUUUAAUGCCCUGCGAAGAUUGUACACUGAUAUCCAGGAGCCAAUGUUGAAUGCUGCACAGGAGCAGAUGCAACAGAUGUCGAAUCCUUUCGCUGCACUUGCAAGGGGUAAUCAAGCAGAAACAGCCUCGACGGAAGAAAACCCCCAGCGAGGUUCAGAAAACACUUCCCCUUUACCAAACCCCUGGGGCUCAACACCAGCAGGGAGAGCAACCACAACAGCAACCUCGUCGUCUACUUCAAGUAGCACAACAUCGUCGACUGCUGGUGUGACGAGCAACCCAUUAAGUGGCCUUGCGGGAGCAAAUCAAGCAGGCAUGUUCCAGACCCCUGGAGUCCAAAACCUACUGUCGCAAGUCUCCUCGAACCCACAACUCUUUGAAAACAUGAUGCAGUCUCCAUAUAUGCAGGAGAUGAUGAAUCAAAUGAUAAGAAGUCCCGAACUCAUGAACAAUAUCCUUCGAAGCCAUCCCAUGUUUGCAGGCAACCCUCAGUUGGCCGAGCAAAUCAGUGCUCAGAUGCCUAAUUUUAUGCAGCAGAUGCAGAAUCCUGCUGUACAGCAAGCGAUGACCAACCCCCGGGUGAUGCAAGCAAUGUCGCAGAUUCAAAGUGGCAUACAACAGUUGCAACAGGACGCACCUGAAAUGCUUCCACUUCUGGGCAUGACCCCAUCACCGGCUUGGAAUUCCAUGACAGGGUCAUCGACUGGAACGAGUAGCUCGUCUUCUUCUGCAGCAGCUACGACAUCGCCGUCAAGUGCCAACACAACCACACCAUCUCAAUCAUCAUCAACAACUGGCCAAACUGCUGGGAAUCCCUCCUCGGGGAAUCCUCUGUUCAGUCAAAUGCUUCAGUCAAUGUUGCAGCAACAAAUGGGACAGACUCGUUCCCAGCCUCCGGAGGAGAGGUUCAGGGCUCAACUAGAGCAAUUGGCUGCUAUGGGAUUUGUAGAUCGAGCUGCAAAUUUACAAGCUUUAGCUGCAACUGGCGGAGAUGUGAAUGCGGCAAUAGAGCGACUGCUUCAGUAAUCAAACGAACGCCCGAAAGAACAAACAAAGCAAAGGCAAUUAGAAAAUAGAAUUUGUAUUCAAAUAAAUUGAUGUAUAAAAAUUUAAGUCGAUGUCUAGCUAAAAAUCUGUUAAAUGUUCUACGAUUCUUGAAUCAGAAUAUUAUUUAUUGCCUUUCUCACAGAAAAAUCUACACAUUCGGACUGUCAAUACCAAAGUUUCUUCAGUGGAAUCUUAAACAGUAAUAAAACUGUAUCUUCAAGUAAAUGCCGAUACUGUAAAUCACACAUUCAUAUGUUUGCUUGGUGCUGCCGUAUAAUUGUAUUCUCUUUCAUAAUAAAAGUGUAAUGUUUUCUUCACCUCAUUAAGACAGAUUUGGUUUUUAGGAUAAUUUGUAACUACUUUUAUUUGAUCAUACUGUUGAAAUAAAAGCUUUUCAAAAUAAUUCGGGAAGCUUGACUGCGUAAAUGUAAAUCGACAUUUUUAGACAAUGUUGUGCUAACAGAAGAGCAUCUUAAGCAAUACUGUUACUGUUUUGCCACUGUUGCCCAUAGACGUAACUGCUUCAACAAAUUAUAUUUUUGCAUGUAACUGACGAUUCAAGAAAGGUGAUUUAUUAGUUGAAUCGUUGCAUGGUUAGAAUUCAGACAUAUAGUUUUCUCUAAAAUUUCAACUAUUCAAAAACAUAUCGCUUCGGUGUUUUCAUACAAAUUUGAAUUUUUAUGCCAUUUGUUGUUACUUUUGUUUUGCAUCAUCCCAAAAAUCCUAUUAGAAUGCACACAUUAAAUAUCUCCAAUUGACAAAUAGAGAAGUCUUUUUGUUUCAAUACCUUCAAGAAGAUAUUAUCCGUCAUUUUUGUAUAUUUUAAUGUUUCAGUUGUGCCUUUGAUAUUAAUAUGAGGGUUCAUUAUGAAUAAUCUCUCGCACUCAUUUACAAUUUAAUUACCCUGUAGAUCGUAAGUUUGUCUUGCCUUAACUCUGCAUUUUUUCCAAGACAAAGUUCGCAAAAAGCGUGCCUGGUAUGAUCGCAAGA